UCACAUUCUAUUAUUACUCAAUUGCUUGACAGCGGAAUGUUAAACAUCCCCUGCGAAUCCAAUUCGAGUACCCGUUUGCGGAACACUAGUUCAGCCCGAGUCAAAAAGCUCGAUACGCAGUUGAUGUAUAACGGCAGUAAUCCAUCCCAGGACAAUUUUUCUAAUGUUCACCGUCCCGCUCUUCCUCCUCCGCAGACAAGCAUUUUCAUAAAUGCUUAUCAACAAGACGGUGUACAAAAUCAUGAUGCCGGUAAUACUCUUGCAAAUAAAUUACCUCCUAUCCUUCCUCCUAUAUCUGAUCCUCCGUCCGUUCCUCAGGCUGGUCAAGCUAAUCGUCCUUCUCGACCAAGGUAUAAAGUAAAGACAGAUAAAACAGCAUGGACGGUUGAGGAGGAUAAUUUAUUACGCUUGGCAGUUCAACUUUAUGGAGACAGAUCUGAAAAAUGGACAAAGAUUGCAGCGUGUGUUCCUAAUAGAACCAAUAAAAUGUGUAGAAAACGUUGGUUUCAUUCCCUUGAUCCAAACCUAAGAAAAGGGCCAUGGACUAAAGAGGAGGAUGAAUUAUUGAUGAAAGCGGUUGAAAAGCAUAAAAAAGUUUGGUGUAAAGUUGCUGAAUCUAUUCCGGGUAGGACAGAUGACCAAUGUGCAAAACGUUGGAAAGAAUGUCUUGAUCCAGAGAUCGAUCACACGGAGUGGACUGAUCAAGAAGAUCUUUUAUUAAUGCAAAAAUACGCUGAAUUAGGUACUCAAUGGCAAAAAAUAUCAAAAUUUUUUCCCGGACGUCCUGGAUUACAUUGUAGAAAUAGAUGGAGAAAGAUAGAAAGGACGAAAAAAUCUGCAAAGGAACCCUCGCUUGAUAUGAUAAUCAUAACUCCAGAUGAUAUAUCUCCAACCACUUCACCUAUUUUAUCUCCUGACUUAUCUUUACAAUCAAACUUACAACCUCAUAUCGCUCCAACAAUAUAUAAUCCGUCACAAAGUAUGAAGCCGAGUUCGCAAACACAUUUGCAGCAAUUGAGUGUACAACCAACAUAUUUGUCCACUCAAGACGUAUUAUCUCAAAAUUCGACAUCCGUCUUAGAAUCAGAUUUAUCAUCUGAACCAGUGGCAAAUUUGGUUACUUCAACAACUUCUUGUGGUCCUAGUAUUGCUUCAUUAUUGUCAUCGCCAAGCGUAAAUGGUCCUAUGAAUCUGUCGGGUCCUAUGAAUCAGCCGACAAUAAAUAUGCCGAACAUCGUACAAAAUGUAAAUGUGCAAAAUACGCAAAUGAAUAUGGACCAUGUACCUUUACCUCCUCCGGUUUCGAUGGAGGUUGAAAAUGAUACAUCCACCCGGGCAUAUGGAUGCGGUGUUCUUGGAUGCGAACUUAAUUUUUCAAAUUCAAACGGAUUAUAUUACCAUAUGAAAGCAGCACAUCCCAACGUUAAUAAUUCUGACAAACCGUAUCGUUGCGCGUUACCAGGUUGUUGUAAGAGUUAUAAAAACAUCAAUGGCCUUCAAUAUCACAUCGCCAAUGCGAAAGGUUCGUCUGGGCAUCAAUGUGACAAUAAUGAGGAAGGAUCUUCUGAAAUAGUCGUUAAACCACAUAAAUGUCAAGUAGCUGGUUGUAAGAAUAGUUAUAGAACUCCCAAUGGAUUGCAAUAUCACCAAAAACAUAUUCAUGGAAAGGAAAGCGAUAAAUAUCGUGGAACUCAAGUGACAGCUCCUUCGAGUACUCAAAGAUUCGAUUCGGAGCCUUCAACAUUGGACGUUACUGGUUCAAUGGAUGAUAAUACCUCUAAUAAUCAUGAUAUGCAACAUUGGACGUCGCCAGAUGGAUUUAUGCAAUCUGAAUCGCACGAAUCAAAUCCACCUUCUUUCACAGUUCCUGAUGCCAUCUCU